AUGCAUUGUCUGACGUAUGUUUAUGAGCCGACUGAUGAUGGCUCUUUGGGAGCUGAGAAGGAUAUACCCGAAGGAGAACAGUGCUCACUAUGCAAUAAGGCAAUUACUGGUCGUUGGGCUAGAGUAUGUGAAUCAGGAUGCACAGGUGAGGUUCACCCAUUGAAACGGUUAGUUUCGUGCAGAAGUGAUUGUUACUCUUAUGCCCAUUGGGAAUGCUGCGAAUCUCAGUCUAAUAAAUACGUCCCGGAAAUGGAAGAAUUUAAAGAGCUUGAAGUCUACAACUAUGCCGAAGAAAAGAGAUUGCACUUCGAGUCUUUAGAAAAGGUGAAUGUCAAAUCGCUCCCAGAAAGUGAAGAAUGUGCACUAUGCCACAGAAUGUUCAGUAAUCGGGAGAAUCCAGAGGUGAUCAAACCCUGUGGGAUGGAUUGCAACAGAAAGCAUCAUGGAUAUGUUGAUACAAAAUGCUAUCAAUACUGGUUAGAUAGAUCUGUAUUGUCUUUUGCUUUAUCACGUUGCAUGACCGGCCAGUCUUGUUAUGGCUGCGCGGACGAAGAUAUUGAUGAGGACUUUUUGAAGUUUAAAGUCAUCGAUGAUGAGAUUGAAAAGGACAUAAACGCAGUGGCUCACAAGAUAAGAUCACAUCUUUGA